GGAGGAUUGCAGGGGAGAAGGAAGCUGCUGUGAUUGGCUAUUUCUUGCAUCUGAGUGUUGCUUUUUGAGGCUAUAAAAAGAUGAGAGGAUGGGAAGCAGCAGCAGCCGAGCAGUGACAAGCUGGACAGACAGAUCCAGGGAGACAGACACACGACAGAGAUCUAACAGCAGCAGAGUCUGGGAACCUGAUCUUACUUCAAGGAUGUGCAAGGGACUGGCUGGAGUGACCACUUUCCCUGCUACCUGUCUGAAAAGUGCUAAAGAUAUCAAGCAUCGCUUGGGAUUCCUGCUGCAGAAAGCAGACGGGUGUGAACACAGCCCAGGUGUGAAGAAACCUGGCAGUCAGAGGGUGAGACAAGAGGAAGUUAAAAAAUGGGCUGAAUCUUUGGAGAACCUCAUAAAUAACGAAUGUGGUUUGGCAGCUUUUCGGUCUUUCCUCCAAUCAGAAUACAGUGAGGAAAACAUUGAUUUCUGGACAGCCUGUGAGAAUUACAAAAAAAUCAAGACCCAAGCAAGAUUACCAGAGCAAGCUCAGAAGAUCUAUGAAGACUUUAUCUCAGUGGAGGCCACAAAAGAAGUGAACCUGGACUCAGUCACCCGCGAGGAGACAAGCAAUAAUAUCCUACAACCCACCUAUUCUACCUUUGAUGAGGCCCAGCACAAGAUAUUUAUCUUGAUGGAGAAGGAUUCCUACCGGCGCUUUCUCAAGUCCAAAUUCUACCUUGAUAUUGUAAACUUGAGCAGCAGUGGGGCAAGCACCAAGAAGAUGAAAGGUCUCACUACAGACAGUAACCCCUUCAUCCCGCAGUGUGCUUGAUGUACAAGACACUACUGUGCUCUGUCACAGCUGAGAACUUAGCAUCUAUGUGCUCCUAUUUAUACUGUACGAUGGCUCAGAAGUGGUGUCGAGCCAGCUCCUCAUAUUUAUUACAUAUGUGUGUUGCAUGCAUUUCAUGUCAAUUUGGGGUGAGCUGGAAAAAUCACAUAGACCUGUGUGGUUUGGUACAGGAUUGUGACUCACUGGAGAGCUGGUAACACAGAUUCCACACACCACUCUCAGGCAAUACUUGUAGGUGGCUUUGCACUGAAUAAUUUUAAGUUACCUUUGUUGCACCGUUAUUCCCAAGAAUGGUGCACAUUUUAUUUUGCACUGACGAGACUAGUUUGUCAUCCCGAAAACUAGCCUUUUACAUACUCUUAUAAAAGAGUGCCAAUUAUUUCCCUGUUGCGGAGAAGCUAAGUGCAGCUAGUUUAGUAUACACUGAUGCUACCGUCCAUUUGUAACAGGGGAGUUUUGUACCUCUGCAUUGUCAAGACUACAUGUUUAUUUAGGAAGACUACUGGUUAAGGCAGAAAUUUCAGCUCAUCAGUUGCAGGUUAUUAAGAGAUAAUCACGGAGACAAAGCUCUCUAUGGCUUAACAAUACUGACUUUUUUUUUACAAAUAUAUUGCUGUUCUCUCCUUUAUAACUUAUGUUUGAUAAAGAUAAAAUAAUUGCCAAAGGUUCUUGUUGAUCUAAACCUUGUUUUCUGGACAAUAGAGGGAACUGGAUAUUUAUUGAGGAAAGUGGAAAUAUUUUGUGUUCAAAGGGUGCAAUCCUUUCACUUUCUUUUUGAGCAAGCAUGGGUGUGCCUGAGUACUAUGUAACUUGUGCAUGCUUGUAGUAAAUUGUCUGUGAAACCAAAUAAACAAUGUAAUACAAACCAAAUAUUGUUAUUGUAUAUGGUUAAAUGGAACAGGCACUGUGAGUCACCACCACCACCCAUACUAUCAGCAGAGAUAACGUAAUCAACAAACUGGUUUACUGUACUUAUUCCAUACAUUAGCAAAGCAUGAUAAUAUAUCUAUGAAAAGCGAGUGACACCAAGGAAUGAACUGUUUGUAUCAACCCCUAUGCUCUGCAAUGCUUUGGUAAUUUUCACUUGUAGAUAGGCAGCAUCUCAACUGCUUUUGGCAUACAUACACAGCUUAGUAGUGAUUGUCCUAAACUCACAAUAAAUAUGAAUGCUCUAA